CUUCCCCCUCCUCCCCCCGACGCUAUUUAACGCUCCGUGCGGCCAUUUCCCACCUUUCGCGGCGACGCGGUCUUACGGGGAUGUGUUCAGCAAGUCAGCUUUUCAGGAUGGAGCUGCAAUAGAGGCUGUGGAUGAUGCUGAGCUAACAACUGGCAAACUGAAACAUGACUGAUACAAAUGAAUCCCAGGCUUCUGGCUCUGAUUACCUUGAUGCUCAAGAGCUGAUAUGCAACAGUCAGAAAAAAACAUAUAAGGUACACUCACAUGAAAGAAAUAAACAAAUGAAGUGUUCACGGUCAAGGCAGGAGAAUGCUUCUCCUGAGGAGUCUUCAGAUGACCUUAACAGUAUUUGUGGAUCCGAUGCUUCAGCUGUGGUUUUACUGGAUAGCAGUGAUUCAGAAAUUGAUCUCUCAGCUACGAGUGGCAGUGAAAACCAUCCUAAGAGCUCUACUGCACCUUCAAAGCAACUGAGAUCUCAAUCUUCAAAGCAACAAGCUGAAUCUGUUUUAGGAGUGCUUGGCGAUGACGAGUCUUCAGAUUCUUCUCGGUCACCUCCAAGACCAGUGAAAGCAUCUGAAACUUUGGAGAAGCCCAAGUCAAAAUUCAAUUUGAAAGCUAUUUUUGCCUAUCACUUCAGGGGAAAGAAGUUUAAGGCUGCUGCACACCGAAAAUUCAGGAGUAGCUCGCGCAAGAGGAAGAGGAGGAAGAAGGAUGAGAGCGCACAGAUGCCACCAUGUGAGAGCACACGAAUGCCACUGCCGCAAAGGAGGCUACCACCAACAGCCUCACCUGAAGAGCAAAAGCGAAGGCUUCAACACAGAGGUGUUCAGUUCCCUUUUGUUGAAAAACAUUAUGGGAAGAAACAUAUUCCCUUCAGGAUGGUUCUUGGGUAUGAGCAAGCAGCUAUAAAGGGAUAUUUGCAGUAUGUUGAAAUGCUUAAAUAUGAAGAACAUCUUAAAAAAGCUUUGAAAACACUUCAAGCUAAUGAAGACUUAGAAAGAGAAUGCCUGGCAGUACGGAAACACAAGUAUUUAGAUGAUGAAGGCCCCAUUUCCCCUAUUCAGGAGAUAAAUGAUGAUGACGACGACAGCUUGAAUUUUGAUAAGCCAGAAGACCUUGAUGCAAGAGUAGUGGAAAACAGCUCUUUCAUUAUAAGCAGCAGAAUUCCCAGUAAGAAAAAGUCAAAGCCAGAAAGGAAACGUGUGAAAUCAGUUAAAACAAUUGAAGUAGAGGAUGAAGACGCCUGCUGCUGAGAACUCUGGGCUUCUGCAAGGUUCACCUCAGUGAACAGAAGACUAACAAAUGAGGCAGAAGCAGUCAAUUCAGAUACCUUUCUCAUGCCUACUUGGUUUAAAACAUUGGUCUGAAGUUCAUGUGAGCUAUCAACCAAGCAAACUGAUCAGAUUUGGUUUAAGGCAUCUACCUGAGAAAUACUCUAUGGCUUGAAAGACUCAUCCUGGAUCUAGGAGUGGGGUUCUUACUUGUUCAUGUUGCUCUUGGAAGAUUAAACACUUUGGUUUUCUUGAUUUGCAAGCUGAUGAACACCCAUUGGUUGUGUUACAUAUGCGAAGGGACAAUAUUUGCAUUUAUUCAAGCAGCAAUUCAUUCAGGCUUUGCUGAUGGACACACUAGCUCUGCAGCAGUUAGCAGUUACGACUUUUUGGAGUGCUUGAAUUCUUAUGCCCGUUUGCUGGCCUUCUGAUGUACAAAUCUGUGACUUUUGUGGAGCAUGUUAGCACAAGAGGAAGUCUGGGUGAUGGUCCAGUAUGAAAAAGCAUCUUGGUGGUAGGAAUCAGAAAAUGAGAGAAGAAAUGCAGGAUGCCAUUGCAUAGAAACCUGAAGUCCCUUCCCAGGGUACUGACUCAUGCUUUUGAUACAAUGAAAACAUUAUUCAAGUGGAAGAGUUUGGUAAGAGUUAAAAGAGAGUGUGGUGUUCUGUGACUUAAUAUGUAACCUUGAAUUACACAGGCUGAACUUUGCUUUUCAGCCAGGUUUUUUGUGUAGGUACCCAAUUCCUGACACACUUCAUUGUGAUUUGAGUUUUGUCUUGAAACAAUCUAUUCCCUCUUUCAUCACAAAGAAGAGUGGUUUAUUUCUUCAUUUGGUGGCUAUAGGUAAGAAGAGAAAGCGGGUAUCUGAAUCUGGAAGUGGCUUCAUAAACAAGCUGCAUAUUUGUUUUGUGUCAAGAGAUGUUUGAUAGUUUCAUACAAAGCAGCAAUAUUUGGAUUUUAAGUUUAAAUUUUAAAGAGCUAAUUUCUGAGCAGCUCAGCCAGUGUACUACUUUAGAAUUUAAAUUCCUGGCUUCUGUUCUAUAGAAUGCAAGUUUUAAAGUAAAAUGAAAAAAAUAUUCUGGAAGAAGUAGAAAUACUUCAUGGUAGGAAUGUAUGAAAAGUUCUAAAUGUUCUGAAGCUUCUGUUCAUAUUGGGUGAUGUCCGUGGAGUCUGUUUUCCCUCUUGGUUGCAUGGUGGCUUCUGCGAAAUGAAGAGUACAUCAGUGUAGCUUAUCCCUAGCCACUAACUGGUGCACACAAAAAGCUUGAAUGUUUGUAGUGGGCUGUUGUGGAUCACGAACCGCUGCAGCUGUUGCACUGUAUGGUAUCUGCACCCAGCAGCAUUCUCCUGAUGGGAUGUUCAAAAACCAGUGCUACAGUAGUUCAGUGUUUGGCAUCGUUGGUUUUCCUUCUGUUGUGUUGGUUAAACCUGGUAUUUUUGCUGAUACAAUCUUUGUCCUCCUCAGGGAUUUGAGUGUACUUGCUUUCUGUUUUCAUGUUCCACUGUUGGGGACUGGAUACUGGUCUCUGCAACUUGGCAAGUGCAUUCAGUUUCCUCUUUUUAACAGGUGCUUUAGGAUAGAGGACAAAGUGAACUUUACUGUGCUACAAGGAUGAGCUGUGGAAGAUAACCUGCUUGACAGGGUCUGCUGUUGAGUCACUGCAUGGCAGAGGGCUGAGAAACACUGCUUCAGUGCGGCCAACACAAGCCUGAAGGUCCUGCUGAUGUUGCUGCAAAGAACUGCAUGGCUCUUCCAAAUACAGAAUUGACUUGUAUCUAGAGUGCUUAUUGCAGUAAUUUAGAAUUAAACAUUUAAACUUC